GAAGUCAUGGUGGCAGGACCAUGAGGCAUCUGAUUUGUGUCCACAGUCAAGAAGCAAAGAGAGAUGAAUGCCAGUGCCCAUGCUUUCUCCUUUUCAGUCUGGUACUCAAGACUGUGGAAUAGUGUCAUUCAGGCCAGAUUUCUAGGACCAAGCCAUGCAGGACACAGCUGAUGGAUUCUGGUCACCUGGGCUCCAAUCCCAGCUCUACUUCUCGUUGGUGCCAGGCUGGUCAUUCAACCCCUCUAUGCUUCAGCUUCCUCUUCUGAAAACUGGGACACCAAGACAUGCCCACAGGCUUGUUAAGUGAGUUCACACCUAUGAAAACACCAAAUAAAGGCCAACUUGUAGAAUUUUCAUAUUUUAGGCAUUAAGAAAACAUUUUUACAACUGGAAUAUCAAAAGAGAUGGAAACCCUGAGGAAUACUCUGGCUUUAACAAGGUACUCAUCCUGAGGAUCCUGAGUUCCUGACCUGAAUAGUCACCUAGAACUUUAACGAUCGUGGGUGCCUGCUCAGAGUGAGAGCUGGACUGUGUUUUGUUGCUUGGAUGGGAGGCCACGCUUCUCUUACGGUUCACCUGGUUGAUGGGCCAACGGGCAGAUAGAUCAAAAGCAGCUUCUGGCAUCACUGAACAGCCUCUGGCAUCAGUGGAGCCUGCCCUAUGGAGCUCUGCGGCGCACUGAGUGGGGACAUUCACCUCUCGCUUUGCCACUUAGCAGACUAACUCCAAGGGAAGGCAGGCGCAUGAUCACCCCCAUAACUCAUCUGCCUGGGCCUCGGGAGGAACUGAGAAGAUUGCAGCUCAACAGCCAGGCUGGGGUUGGGGUAACAGCACGUAAAGGGAUGCUAAAUGGGGUGUGCAAGCUCUCACAACACUCACGGUGUCCUUACUGAUCCCAUCUUGUUUUGAAAUGUGGGUCUUCUGUUGAACUUGAACUUAUACUAUUUAUUUUUAAAAUAUUGCAUUAAUGGAAACAGAGGCUAAACACCCAUGUUCACAGCCCAUCAGUCACAAUAGCAGAAAGGGGAAGUAACUGCCUGGCAGGGGGUGAGUGGAGAAAGGAAAUGUGGUACAGCAUAUAAUGGGGUAUUGUUCAGGCCUGGAAAGGAAAUUCUGACACACUGCAGCACAGAUGAACCUUGAAGACACUGCACUAAGUGAAAUAAGCCAGCCACAAAAGACAAAGACCCCACCUGCCAUAGUUUGGAUCUGGAGUGUCCCCUGAAGGCCCAUUUAUUAAAGGCACCUGUAUUGCUGUUAUAAGGUGGUGGGGCCUUUAAGAGGUGAGCAACAUGGACUAGGUGUUUGGGGAGAGUUUUAGUUAGGAAAGAUGAAGUCUGGCAAAAGUGUGUGUAUACUUACUGCCUUCCAUAGUAAAAUAGCAUAUGCUGUUACAGUUUUGAACAGGUGCCCAGCUGAUGGUGCCAUAUUGGAAGGCCAUGGAGCCUUUGGCACGUAGGCCCUGGCUGAAAAUACCCACCCUAGAACGAGUCAGUCCCCAGCCUCCUGCAUUCAAGGAAUACAGGGAGUGAGAGACAGAGCUGUGGCUUACCUUCGUAACCUCAAAGGAAGCAGUUACCAGCUUUAUCAGCCGCCCCUGACAGUUGAUAUUUUCUACAUAUUUCCCGAGCUCUUAGCCACUGUGUGGCUCUCUCCUCACAAUGGCCCUGUGAACCCUAAAAUUCACAGGUCCAAGGAAACUGAGGCAGAGAAUUUAAAAACCCUGCCAACAUGGGCCACUUGAAGCAGAGCUGUCCACACACCUGUCUUGUCUCACACUGCCAGGAAAUGAAGAGAGCUGUGUCCUUUCUCCCACCUCCAAGCUCAUCACAGGUUUUUGCCUGUCCCCAGGAGCAGCACCUUCCCCAUUUCCUGCCACAUGCCACUCCAAAUGUUGAAGGACCGCCUCCUGCCUCUUCAGCCCCGCCCCCUGGGUACCUCGCAGGACUGGACAUACCUCUCCCACCUGGGCCUUCAGGUGUAAAGUUGGCAGAGAGAAAGCUGGGAUCCUGCUGGCUUGCUUGAGACAGCCACAGUGGGGGUUCCCGGACCUCCUGCCGCCUCGGGUGGCCCCAGGCAGACACGUGCCACAUCUCCGCUGACUCCAACAGAGAAGUCACCCAUCGUCGCCGAUUGCCAUCAUGCUGUGAUUAGUUAAUCACCAAGCCCGUGAAGCUUUUAAUUAACCGCCAGCCCUGCUCGGGCAGCUGUUCCACAAACCACAUCUGAUCUCUGUCCCAGUCCCAGCUGACGGAGCGCUUCCAUCAUGCGCUGACGCUUGCGAGUAGCGAUGCUGCGGAGAUGGCUGCAGCCACAGCUACAGCCCUAACGGAAGGCACCAGCCGCAGGAGAGAGAGAAGACAGCCACCCUGGAGUAGGCCGUCAGCUGUGGAAGGGUGCCUGUGGAGAGUGGCACAUCUCUUAGGAACCUCAGAUGGCCAACUGCCAAUUUAAGCAAAGAAAGAACUGGUGUUCUGUGCCAGUCUGCACACGAGGAAACUGAAAGCAGAUCUCCCCCAUGUCAAACCAAUAACGAGACGACGGCUUCCCAGGAGGACCCGGUGAAGGCCUCCUGAUUCCUGACCCACAGAAACUGUGAGGUCACCAGCGUUUGUUUUAAGCCAUUGAGCUGGGGGAUAACUUGUCACUGGUACAGUCCCUCGCCACAUGGAGACCCUCAGCGGAGAACCCAUAGCUUUGGCUGAAGUACGUGAUCAGAUCCUGUCAACCAAUCAUGCAGAGGCAAAGUCAGUGGGAACUACUGUCCCUACAUGUGAAAAACAAAAAUAUAAAAAUGUUUAGGUUCAUUUUAAGGCAGAGAAUUCAUAGCCUGUCUCCAGGCAGGGAUCGCGUGGUUCCUAAAACCCAGGUAAUUUCUGAGGCAAAGAAAACAAAUGGGUAAACAGAAUUGAUACAGACAGGGGAUCGGAAUCCAAGAAGACUGAAUCUGAAGAAGUUUCCCACAUUUCUCAUAGGUAGUAAGCUCUUGCUGUAUGCAUAUAUUACAGAAUUGCCCAACCAGGGUAUUUAGCCUACACAGUGUGUACUUAUUAAUGUGUUGUGACAAUAUUUUAGUGUCCAGCUUCCAACAACAACAACAACCACAAGAAACACCUAUGAAGUACACACUGGGUGUGGGAAGGCAUGCCUGUAACCCCUGAACCUGGGAACAUGAGACAAGAGGAUCUUAAACUUGAGGCUAGCUUGGGCUACAUAGUGAGACCCUCUGUAAAUAGAUAAAUAUUUAGGUGUAUAAAAAGAGCAUGAAUAUGAGACACAUAUUUAGGAGAAUAUUGCAAGGGGAAAUUGUCCUUAAGUGUCCACAAAUGUGUUUAGCAAGGACUACAUUAAAAGAAUUAGAGGGACUCAUGUUUUAAAUUUUAAAUAAAAUGGUAUCAAUAAUAAUACAGUGGAGGACAAUUAAAAUAAAGAGAUAGAUGCUAUGAAAAUAAAUGGAAAUUCUGGAAUUGAAAGGUACUACGGAAAUACAGCACUUACUAGAAAUAUUAUGAAGCAGAUUCUACAUGGCAGAAGGAAGGACCAAUGAACCUGAAGACAUAGUAAUUAAAAACUAUGCUUGUUUAAAGGAUGGAAAUUAAGAACACAAUUCAAGAAAAAUUAGGAGCUUUAGGAAGUAGUGAGGUAGCAUCAAGAAGCCCAAGGCAUGACGGGAGUCCUAGAAACAAGAAAUGCAAAAGAGAACAAAAGAAAAAGGCACAGGAAAAUGUUGGAGAGUAACAAUGGUCCAAAACAUUAAAUACUCUUGCGGAUUAAAUGAGAAUGUCCCCACAAUGAGACCCAAUGCCUUAUCUCCAGAUGGUAGGGUUAUUUUGAGAAUUGGUAGAAACUACAAGAAGCAGACCCAGGAGAAAGAAGCAGGUCAUUGGAGUGGGGCCCCCACUUCUAUCAACUUAUAAUGCACCCAGAAUCAUGGAGCCAAGGGCCAUGAACUAGAAGUCUGGAGCCAGGAACCAAAAUAAAUCUUGCCUUUUAAAGCUGUUUGUCUUAGGCAGUUGGUCACAGUGAUGAAAAAGUAACUUUUAAUACAAUUCUGAGCAGUUCCAAAAAGCCCCCAAAAUAAUAAAUUAAAAAAUGGUAUAUGCCACACACAAACACCCAAAACAUGAAAACAAAGGUAGAGGUCAUCAAGAAAGAAGGCAAUCCUGAGCACAGACAGGAAAGCAACAUCAACAAGGGACUCAAAGACACCUGGCCCAAGAAUUCCACCUCCUAGCAAUGCUUUCUGUAAAAAUGAAGGGAAUAAACAGAUUGCCACAUAGCGACAAAACUCAUCGUCGACAUCUGAAAAGUGAAUUAUGUUAGUUCCAAAAACAAACAAACAAAACCCACCCUACCUAUGAGCCCAUUUAUACAACAACCAAAACAGGCAAACCCAGUAAUUUAGAAGUUAGCUGCCCCUGAAGGUAGCCAGUGAGUGGUGUGCCAAGGGAGGUGCCAAGGUGCUAAUCCCAUUAAUGCUUUGUUGCCAAAAACAAGUGGUAUUGGGCUAAAUAUGCUUAUUAUUUGUCCUAUAAUUAUUCUGGCAAUGUUAUUUAGUCCAUGAUCAUAAUCAAGAAGAGACAGACACAGUUACAUUUUAGAUUUGCCUUACUUCGUCUUGGGCUUGGCGUAUAAUUCACCUAUGCUCUCUCUUAUCUCCCAGGCUGCAUCCCAUUCCACCUGCUUUUAUCAUUUUCAACUGGACUACCUCCCAGGGCUUGGCGGAUAAUUCACCUAUGCUCUCUCUUAUCUCCCAGGCUGCAUCCCAUUCCACCUGCUUUUAUCAUUUUCAACUGGACUACCUCCCAGGGCUUGGCGCAUAAUUCACCUAUGCUCUCUCUUAUCUCCCAGGCUGCAUCCCAUUCCACCUGCUUUAAUCAUUCCCGAUUGGACUAUCUCCCAUUCAGAAUUCCAUAAGUACUUGCUUAUUCUUCAUCUGGGUCACUUUCUCUAUCCACACCGUCCUUGGAGUCCUUCCUCCCAGCCAGCCCACAUGGUUCUCUCUCCACCUAGCCCAUGGUGGCUUCCUCCUCUCCUCCUCACUCCUUCCCAAGAUUCUCUCUGUCCCAAGCCCUCUAACCUUAGCUCCACUCACCUCACCUUUUCCCUGCCCAGGUCCCCUUCUUUAAUUUACCAAUUAGGCAGUUUUACACAACAAGACAAAGUGCAUCUGGGCAGUAACCAGAUCCUGAGGACCAGUAAUUAGCAUCAAAAUACCAGCACCAGAGCAAUCCCCAACAAUGUUUUCAGUUGUGAGUCUGGCAGACUGACUGCAUUCAUAGUUUACCCAAAAAGCUGAUCGUAUCCUGUUGGGAUACCUUAUUGCUUCCUGUGUUUCGCUGGCAUUUCCCAUCUGAGCAGGACUUCUGACCUCCAAGGUCCUGUAUCAGCAUCAUUUCCCACCUAGCCAUCACUGCUUUUGUUGUUCCUUGAGUAUGAUAUGCCCUCAUUCUCACCCCAGGGCACAUGCUUGUCCAUCUGGAUGUGGAUUGUGUAUUGGUGGAACCAGAAUACCAGCGCUCACACUGCCUGGUAGCAAAAAUGCUAUAAACAGAAACAAAUGAAUUUUUUAAAAUUAAUUCUUUGAAAAUUUCAUACAAUGUAUUUCACUACCCACCUAUGUGUCCUCUUUUUUUUUUUUUUUUUGUUUGUUUGUUUUUUAAAUCCUAUCAAGUUCAAGUUGUACUGCCCAUUUACUCUUAGGUGUGUAGCUGCCCACUGGAGUGUGGUUGAUCUUUGUGAGCCCACACCCUUAAAAGACAAACAAAAAAAACCUGACUCUCCAGCUCCCAGAAUUAAGCAAUAGCUGCUCAGCUAGGGGUGGGACUUCAUAUCCGCUCAUUCUCCAUGCUGGGAUUUGGUUUAGCUUGACCUUGCAUGGGUCUUGCGCAUACUAUCACAACAAAUGUGAGCUCAUAUGAGCAAGUGGCCGGGCAUAUCCAGAAAAGAUUUUCUUGUAGUCACGCAUCACCUCUGGCUCUUACAAUCUUUUGUCCUUUUUCCCAGUGACCCCUGAGCCAUGGGGUAGACCCCCUGUUUGGGGCCAAGCAUUCUGCAGUCUCCAUUUUUUUACUACAGAAGGCAGCUUCUCCUAUGAGGGUCCUGAUGUGCAUUAAUCUGCUGGUAUAGCGAUGAGUCAUUAGGAGGUGGUUCAAUUCUAUCUGUUUAGAAAAAUGAUUAUAGAUUCUGUAAGUUGUGCUCUAUUCAGAGCUGGCAACCCUGAGGUUUCGGUGAUGCCAGCUAACAGGGGGGUUCUGUUCUCCAUCAAUCAAAGAACUCAAAGACAGGGAAAGGCUUGGCUCAAAGUGCAAGUUUAUUAGCAAGCGUUACAGACUUUACAGUGGUCAAGCCUCUCGCCCUCCAGAGAUGGAGAGUCCGGACCAACACUGAGGGAGUCUGGAUUUUAUUAGGGUUGAGGGUGUCUCACCCAGCGAUCCCCCCUUCCUUUUUUUCCACUGGUCUAAAGGUGUCCCUGUGCCCUUCUGUAGCAAUGAUUGGGCCUCCGUCUCUGUCUGGAAACACAGAAAUAACUUGUCUGGGGAGAGAGGUUGUCACAGAAGCCUUCUAUAUCUCUCUUUCUCGGUCGUGAGUCCACAGUCAUCGAUGUCACUGAAAAAGAAGCUUCUUGCCCCUUACAGUGAGCAGCAGCAUGGAACACUGGACUUCUACAUGGCCUCCAGGGUCAGCAUGAGCCGUGAACCUCAGCAUGGUCUCUGCUGUGAGGACAGCCCACAGCCAUCAACAUGUCCCUUGGCUGCAGCCCUGACCACAGGCAUCAACAGGUGUGGGAUAUGGGGCUGCUUCAGAUUGCCUACAGCCAGCUGUUAACUAUGAUUGUCUCAUGCUCUAGGAGGAACACGAUUUUUCCCAGCUGCAGAUAGUUUAAUUCUAGGGACUCUGAAGAGGGUAUAAAUGGAAGAGCUCUGAGAGGGAUGAAGGUGUCAGCAGCAACUCCUGCUGCUGCAUUUGCUAUUGCUGGUUUGCUGGAUUGCUGGAUAUUCUGACAGUGAUUGGACUUGCCCCUAGGAAUACAACAUCCCUCAUCAGCAUAACUGUCCAAAGAGGUCUACAUACACUCUACCCUCUAACCUUCUUUCUUGCCUGCCUAGUGUUGGGGGUUGGAAGGGUUUGGGGUGGGGAAGGGUGGUAGAUAUAAGAAGCCAAUAAAGUAGGCUUUUAAAGAAAUAUGUCUACAAGGGCCCAGAUGCCUCCUGGGCUGGACCCAGCCCAAAAGCCUUCUCUCUGACUACUAGCAUUCAUAAUACCAGAAAGCACUAUGCAAGCUUCCAAAGGAUGGAGGCAACCAAUAGUCCUACCCAGCUAUGAUGCUCAGGAACUGUAGCUGUGAUUAGAACUGCUCAGUGACCCCAAAAAUGCAGUGGUAGGAUCUAUACCUUGGCAGUAACAAACAUCUCCCUAAUUGGGCUUAAAACCCACUCAACUACCUAGGGCUAGUGAAGUCAUGAAUCUUAGAGGAGAACCUACAACUUCCAUUUUACUAAACCAGCAUAAUUCCACAUUCUAAAUAUUUGUUCUUACACCAAAUAAGUGUAGUCUUCAGGUAAGUGUAGUCUUCAUCCCUCAUCAAGAAAACUUCUCUUUGCAAUAAAUAGAGGCCAUUACUGGAAACAACCACAACCAAUCAAAAUGCAGAGUUGUGAAGCCCAGUCCCAAAUGAUAACAUCUACAAUAAAACUCUUGAACCAAAGUCUUGGAGAUCAUUGUAGAAGAGGGGACAGGAAGAUUAUAAAAGCCAGGGGAAGAGGCAGUAUGACAGGGCAAGGCAGUGCAAAGGUUCCUUCAUUUUGUGCUCUGGCUGAGAGCAGGAGAAAUAGUCUUCCCCAGAGAAGAGCACAUCAAUUGGUUAUGCAAUACAAAAUGGUCAGCCUAAAAACAUGCAUACAAGUAACUAGAUGGACUGAGCUGGUUGUUUUUGUAUUUAGGAAUAUAUAUCUAUAUAGCUUACAUAACUAAUUGAGAGACUGUAAUCUCUCUAUUAAUCCAGGUAACCCAAGGGAUCUUGUGGGAAAGAGUGGGAGAUAGCUUACAUUGUACCCCACUCUGACCACUGACCCAGGGGACAUUUGCUACAUCAACAGUGACCUCACAAUUACUCUUCAGGCUUUUUAACCCCAAGGCCAACAUCUGUUUCCUUCCUCUGCCAUUUAUCAUUACAUCCAGAGGUAACAUCCUGCCUCCGAGUCACCCAGCAGAUCCAGGGGUCAAGAGAAAAUAGUCACAGGUUCUCCUGUAGGGCACAGGUGAAACAUGAACGUAACAGAAGACAUAGAGGACAUCAAAAAUCUGAUGCCCACUGAGAGGAAGUCCACCUGGAGGUCGGCUGAGGAGAGACGAAUGUCUGACCUCACCCGAGUGCUGGAGUGGCUGGAGCGGAGGCAAGGAAAGAAGAAGCGUGCCCUCCAGAAAAAGGCAGAAGAAGCAAGCCGGGCAAACGAGAAGAUCGGAAAGAAAACCCCAGCCCCUAGGAAGAAGCCAGACAGACCUGGGCACAAAGUGACCUUCCACAAGACCCUAGUUCCACGUAUGGUCAAGAAGAAGGACGUCAGUGCUUACCACAAAGGACCAGACUUAAAGGUCAAGCGCACAAGCUUGACCUCUUCCAGCUUCAGCAGGGAUACUCUUAAGAAGUCUGGCACGCCUGGAUCGAGAAGAGGAUCAGAGAUCACAGAAUUAGACAUCAAGGAUGUCAUCGCGUUAGAGACCAACACCCGGGUAAGCCCAUUCCGCAGACAGAGCUCCGUAGACCCUAUACUUCAGGAAACCAUGUUUGGCAACCGGAGGGUGGGCCUCUGGGCAAACAAGGCUCCUGAAAACCCUUAUGAACGCAAGCUGAAGAGCCUCAUGGAGAAGGGUACAGAGCCCAAGAUAGAGAGCUCCAAGAUGCUGAAGCCAGAGGAGGUGCUGAGCUGCCGGUAUCUGCGUUUGUCCAAGAACAACAUCAAGACCUUGAUCAAGCUGUGCAAGGAUGCGGGGAUGGAUGUGGACAUCCAUCCACACAUGGUGGAGAGCGACAUAGACUCAAAGACCAUAUUCAAGAAUCAGCAUGCCGUGUCGCUGUAGCUGCACUGCCAGCUGGAGGCUCACCCCAUGAGGGCCACCUUGUAGACCAGCUUCUGUAGACCUCGCCAGGAGAACAAGUCAAAUGCAUCAUCACUCACAGGUGUCAUCUUUGUCCUCGGCUCUACACUAUAUCACCUGGGGUGUAACUGGGAAGAGAAAGCUUCUGGGCAUAGUGGCAUUCUCCUGUCUGCCAGCUCAGGUAGAGACCAAGGGGAUCAAGGGCUCAAGUUCAAAGCCAGAUUGGGGCUCCAUGAGGCCCUGUCUAAGACAUCAAAAUGGACUGGGAGGAGUACAAAAGUUGUUUGUUUUGUUGUUUGGGUUUUCUGUUUUGGGGGUUUUGUUUUGUUUUUGUUUUCUGUUUUGUUUGUUUUUCUGUCUUUGUUUUGUUUUUGCCUCUCAGAAGAAAACACUUCUUGAGCAAGAAAGUAGGUUUCAAGUCCCCGUGGGAAGCUCAGAGAGGAGAAAAAGUUGGACAGCUGGAGACACAUCACUGCCAUAUGAGGGACGUAACUGUGUAGGAAACAGGCCCUCGUGUAGGCCUGAGGCUGGUGGCUGAAGUUCUCUCUUGCAAGGGCUGACUCCAUAACAACACAGAUUUUUAUCACUCAUCUUUCCUCACUGGGCGUGCUGCAUGGCUUGCUGGAUUCCUCUCAUGGUCCACUGAAGCCCCACGUCCACCUGCAGAGCUCAUCUGGUUGCACAGAAGUUCUGUCGCACGUGCUCUGGGACCUCUGUGAAACCUGAGCUUGCCAGGGGAAAGCUAGUGCAGCCCUCACUCUCAGGGAAAUGCACAGGCUGGGUAAUCCCUAGACGGUGCCUGGGAUCCUGCCAAUCCCAAAGACAGAAGGGUGAGCAGGGAGGAACCCUGGGCACAAAGUGAGGUCAAAUCCCUGGAGAGGAGAUCUUAGUGUGCUAGAGAAGAAAGGCUUCCCGGAGGAGGCGUCUAGUUUAACUGAGAAAUAAGAAGGCCCGGAUCUGGAUGAGAGAGGUACGGGCAGGCAGAGGAAACGGAACUGCAGGGCCUCGGAGGCUAGGACAGUACAGCAGUUAGGACCCUGUAGUUAAGUGUGGUGGAGGGGACACUGAAGAAAGUCGGGUGUAUGGAGGUUGUAAGCCUUGCUUUGCAACUCUCCAGUGGGUACCUACUGUUGUGCAAUGGCCCAUUACAAGGCUGAGAACAUGGUGUGAGUAGGAGCGUGCAUGCUCCUGCCUCUGUGUGACUCAAACUCUGGAGAGAGGGGAGACUUAAAAUGCUCAUCAACGGGAAUCCAUAGUACCACAAUCACACUACAGGAAACUACAGAGGUGGCCCAGCAUCUGUGGUGACAAGGGUCAGCCUGUCAUAUCUAAAGAUGUGAGGAAGGAAAGGGGUAGGACAGACUGGGCCUCUGGCCUUCCUUCUGGAGUCCCCAUGAGAGGGCUGGGAGGAAUGGGGGAGACCUCUCCUCUGCCCCCUUGGAGGAAAUGUUCAUAGAAAGAAAUGAACAUCUGGAAGUUAACUGAAUUGUAACAAUGAGCUAUUGCCAUGUAACAAUAAAAGCACCCACUUUCUAC